AUGGAGGGGCUAAAUUACAUGAUCAGAAAAGCCAAAACUAAUGGAUGGAUAAAAGGGUUUGGAACUCAAACCAAUAGGGGUGAAGACAUGGAAAUUACACAGUUAUUGUAUGCUGAUGACUGUUUGGUGUUUUGUGAGGCUAAGGUUGAACAAAUCAGACACCUUAGAGCAAUAUUGACCAUCUUUGAAGCCAUUUCAGGUCUCCAUGUUAACUGGAGCAAGAGCUUCUUAUAUCCGGUGAAUCAGGUGACUGAUCUACAGUUUCUGGCAAGUGCUUACCACAAGACACAAGAGAUAUGGAAUGAUGUGUUAGAAAGGUGUGAAAAGAAAUUGACAAGAUGGAAGAGUCAAUAUUUAUCUCUUGGGGGUAGAUUGACUUUGAUAAAUUCAGUCUUGGAUGCCUUACCUACUUACCUGAUGUCUUUGCUUCCUAUUCCUAAGGACAUAGAGAAGAAGAUUAACAAAGUAAGAAGGGAAUUUUUGUGGCAUGAGAACAAAGACAAGAAAGGCUAUAACUUAGUGGAGUGGCAGAUUGUGACGCUCAGUAAGCAACAUGGUGGCAUGGGGAUUAAGGAUCUCAGACUUCAUAACCAGAGUCUACUCCAGAAGUGGUUGUGGAGGUUUUGCAAGGAAGAUAGAUCUCUCUGGAGGAAAGACAUAGCUCAAAAAUAUGGUUUGUUGAAUCAGUGGACAACAAAUGAAGUAAAUACUACUUACGGAUGCAGUGUUUGGAAGACUAUUAGGAGAAUGUGGAAUGAAUGCCGUGAAAAUUUGAGCAUAAUGGUAGGGGAUGGGACAAAUACUUUCCUUCUGGGAAGAUCAUUGGAUUGGGCACUGUAA